AUGGCUACCUCGCACCCUGAAUUCAACGAGAAGACCACCGCAACAGAAGUCGCGGAGACGUUCGCGAGCAAUAUCCGAGGCAAAAAUAUCUCAGGCGAAGCACUCGCUCUUGCUAUAGGAACACAGAAUCCAGCGAACCUGAUUCUUGCCUCGCGCACCGUGGCUAAGGUCGAAGAGGUGGCCAAGACUGUCCGAGAACAGAAUCCAGAUAUUUCCGUGGUAGUGAUUGCCUUGAAUCUCGCCUCUCAGAAAUCAAUUCGUGCGGCGGCAUCGAAAAUCCAGGGCCUAGUCGAUCGAAUCGACACCUUAAUCAACAAUGCCGGAAUGAUGGUACUUGACCGCGAGACAACAGAGGAGGGAAUCGAGAUGCAGUUUGGGACAAACCAUGUCGGACACUUUCUCUUUACAAAUUUGCUCAUGACCCAACUGAAGAAUGCUGCCAAAGUUUCUGGCAGGGGAUCGACUCGCGUCGUCAACGUGACUAGUGCCGGUCAUCGACUAUCUCCUAUUCGGUUCCAUGAUUAUAACUUCGAGGGCAAAGAAGUCCCUGUGGAUGAAAGACCCCCAGAUGGCUUGCCGCCCAUGUUCAGCCCCACGGCCGAUGGGUAUAAUGGAUGGCUGGCAUAUGGACAGUCUAAAGCGGCUAAUAUCCUCUUCACGGUUUAUUUGACAAAACGCCUAGCCGCUGCCGGUAUUGUUUCGUACAGUGUGCACCCUGGAUCUAUCUGGACUGGUCUAAGUCGGGGCCUUGAUGACGCCGGCCAUGAUACGAUGUCAAAGACCAGCAAUUUCUGGAAAUCUGCUGAUCAAGGUGGAGCUACAAUGCUUGUAGCUGCAUUUGACCCCGCUCUAACAGAGGUAUCCGAACCAUCGGCUAUAUAUCUAAGUGAUUGUCAAUUCGCCAAAACUGCACCUCAUGCGGUAAAUAUGGAUGCCGCUGAGAGACUCUUUCAAUUGAGCGAAGAGCUAGUAGGAUCGAAGUUUGACCUGUGA